CCCCCCGGCCGGCGCUGCCCUAUAAAAGGGGGGCGGUUGACGUCAGCGUUCUCUUCCGCCCGCUCUGCGCUCGCCAGCGAGACAGGGCCGCCGCUGCCGCCAUUGCUGUACCCCCCCGCCCCGGAGAAUCCACCUCCAUCCGCCACCAUGGUGAACUUCACGGUAGAUCAGAUACGGGCCAUCAUGGACAAAAAGGCCAACAUCAGGAACAUGUCAGUGAUCGCCCACGUUGAUCACGGCAAGUCGACCCUGACUGAUUCUCUGGUAUGCAAAGCUGGAAUCAUCGCCUCUGCCCGCGCGGGGGAGACCCGUUUCACUGACACCAGGAAGGACGAGCAGGAACGGUGCAUCACCAUCAAAUCUACAGCUAUUUCUCUGUUCUACGAGCUCUCUGAAAACGAUCUGGCGUUCAUCAAGCAGAGCAAGGAUGGUUCUGGUUUCUUGAUCAACCUGAUCGACUCUCCUGGGCACGUGGAUUUCUCCUCGGAGGUCACUGCUGCUCUGCGGGUCACUGAUGGCGCCCUGGUUGUUGUCGACUGCGUCUCUGGUGUGUGUGUGCAGACAGAGACUGUGCUGCGUCAGGCCAUCGCCGAGAGGAUCAAACCCGUCCUGAUGAUGAACAAGAUGGACCGGGCGCUGCUGGAGCUGCAGCUGGAUCCUGAGGAGCUGUACCAGACCUUCCAGAGGAUCGUGGAGAAUGUGAACGUCAUCAUCUCCACCUACGGGGAAGGAGAAAGCGGCCCUAUGGGGAACAUCAUGAUCGAUCCCGUGCUUGGUACAGUUGGCUUUGGUUCUGGCCUGCAUGGCUGGGCUUUCACUUUGAAACAGUUUGCUGAAAUGUACGUUGCAAAGUUUGCUGCUAAGGGUGAUGCCCAGAUGAAUCCAUCUGAGCGUGCCAAGAAAGUAGAAGACAUGAUGAAGAAGCUGUGGGGAGACAGGUAUUUUGAUCCUGCUACUGGCAAGUUCAGCAAAUCUGCUACUGGCCCUGAUGGAAAGAAACUGCCUAGGACCUUCUGCCAGCUCAUCCUUGAUCCCAUCUUCAAGGUGUUCGAUGCAAUCAUGACCUUCAAGAAAGAUGAGGCAGCCAAACUGAUUGAGAAACUUGACAUCAAGCUUGACAGCGAAGAUAAGGACAAGGAGGGCAAACCCCUGCUGAAGGCUGUGAUGAGGCGGUGGCUGCCUGCCGGAGACGCCCUGCUGCAGAUGAUCACCAUCCACCUGCCUUCUCCGGUCACGGCCCAGAAGUACCGCUGUGAGCUGCUCUACGAGGGGCCCCCCGACGACGAGGCUGCCAUAGGUAUUAAGAACUGUGAUCCCAAGGGCCCCCUGAUGAUGUACAUUUCUAAAAUGGUGCCAACCUCCGACAAGGGCCGUUUCUAUGCUUUUGGUCGUGUUUUCUCUGGUCUUGUAUCGACUGGCUUGAAGGUCAGGAUCAUGGGACCCAACUACACGCCUGGCAAGAAGGAGGAUCUGUACCUGAAGCCAAUCCAAAGGACCAUCCUCAUGAUGGGCCGCUAUGUGGAGCCCAUUGAGGACGUGCCUUGUGGAAACAUUGUGGGGCUGGUUGGUGUCGAUCAGUUCCUGGUGAAGACUGGAACCAUCACCACCUUCGAGCACGCUCACAACAUGCGGGUGAUGAAGUUCAGCGUCAGCCCUGUGGUGCGAGUGGCCGUGGAAGCCAAGAACCCUGCAGACCUGCCCAAACUGGUGGAGGGGCUGAAACGCCUCGCCAAGUCUGACCCUAUGGUGCAGUGCAUCAUUGAGGAGUCAGGAGAGCACAUCAUUGCUGGCGCAGGGGAGCUGCACUUGGAAAUCUGCCUGAAGGAUCUGGAGGAGGACCACGCUUGCAUUCCUAUCAAGAAAUCGGAUCCCGUCGUGUCUUACCGUGAGACGGUCAGCGAGGAAUCCAACGUGAUGUGCCUUUCCAAGUCCCCCAACAAACACAACAGGCUGUACAUGAAGGCCCGGCCCUUCCCUGACGGUUUGGCUGAGGACAUCGACAAGGGCGAGGUCUCUGCUCGCCAGGAGCUGAAGCAAAGAGCUCGUUACCUGGCUGAGAAGUACGAGUGGGACGUCACCGAAGCCAGGAAGAUCUGGUGCUUCGGUCCUGACGGCACCGGGCCCAACAUCCUGACCGACAUCACCAAGGGAGUGCAGUACCUGAACGAGAUCAAGGACAGCGUGGUGGCUGGCUUCCAGUGGGCCACCAAGGAGGGCGUCCUGUGUGAGGAGAACAUGCGCGGCGUCCGCUUCGAUGUGCACGAUGUGACCCUGCACGCCGAUGCCAUCCACCGCGGGGGCGGCCAGAUCAUUCCCACUGCCAGGAGGUGCCUGUAUGCCUGCGUGCUCACCGCCCAGCCCAGGCUCAUGGAGCCCAUCUACCUUGUGGAAAUCCAGUGCCCAGAGCAGGUGGUCGGUGGCAUCUACGGUGUGCUGAACAGGAAGCGUGGCCACGUCUUUGAGGAGUCCCAGGUGGCUGGCACCCCCAUGUUUGUGGUCAAGGCCUAUCUGCCUGUCAACGAGUCCUUUGGUUUCACAGCUGACCUGAGGUCCAACACAGGCGGCCAGGCUUUCCCCCAGUGCGUGUUUGACCACUGGCAGAUCCUGCCUGGGGAUCCCUUCGACAGCACCAGCCGCCCCUCGCAGGUGGUGGCUGAGACCCGCAAACGUAAGGGGCUGAAGGAGGGCAUCCCAGCCCUGGACAACUUCCUGGACAAGUUGUAAAGGCUGCGCACCCACCGUUGCUGGUGUGGGACUCAGACAAACUAACUAGUGUAACAGCGGGCAGAGGGUAGAACUGCAGCACCCAUCUCUUUGCAUUGUACUUAAUCAGUUCCAUAGCGAUUGGAGACUUUAAAAAAAAACAAAAAGGAAACAAAAAAAAAAGCAUUGAUAUUCAGCCUUA